GUUCCCGGCAGUUUCCUCGUCGGGCAUCUGCGAGAUGCGUGCCCCAGUUGUUUCCCUUUUCCCUGCCCGACAUGGUGCACGUUUCGGGCCGCGACUUCCUGGCUAGCACCGAUUGCAUCGCCCGAAGGCCGUACUAAUUAAUGGGUGGUGGCCCGGUUCCCUCGGAGUAAUUUUCUCGGCCAUCGGAAAUUGUGUUUUUGCGCCGGGUUUCACGUCGAUCCGGCUGAAAUGCCGUCGUCCGCGUUGUCGCGAUACGAUCGGCUCUACGGGAAGACGAUUCUCGAGCUCCCCAUCUCCAUCAAUGUUCCUCCGCCGGAGAUCCAAGAACUCGAUGCAGCAAAUUCGUCACGAUCUUCGGUCAGAAGUGGGGACCUGCGACGAGCCGAAAUCCCCAAUGCGCACGAAAUUACGGAGGACGUGGCGAGAGCUGCUUUGCUGAGUCACGUGCAGAAGAAGUGCUGCUACGGUGCUUCUGCUGCGAAGAGGAUGAACAUCGUCAAAAUUUCUCCUUCUUCCGCAUUCCACUACGAGCUGCAGACUUUCACGGAAAAGCGUGAAACUUCGUGGGCUUUCACACCUUAUGGAGGCGGAAACAUCGACUCCAGCGAGUUUGGUGAUCCGCCUACACCCUGGGACAUCACUGUGGAGCCCGAACUGCUGUUCCACAACGAAGUCAAAGUCAUGGAAGUUCCGCACACUGCUACGGUGAAACACUGUCAUCGGUGUCACGGAGCAGGAAGUUUGCUGUGUCACCAAUGUCAUGGCAAAGGCUGGACGCCCUGUCUGACGUGUCACGGGGACGGCUGGAGGACUGACUCACACGGCAGGAGGGAUUUGUGUUUUUACUGUCACUCAUCCACGCACGGGCACGGGAAGCAAGAUUGUCUGAAGUGCAACGCGCGGGGUUGUGUCGCUUGCCCGACAUGCGAUGGAUACGGCCAAAUUCGGUGCUUCAUCCGACUCACGAUUACAUGGAGCACGGUGACGGCGGAACACAUCGUGGAGCGGUGUAGCCUGCCGACGGACUUGAUCAAGCAAGUCAGUGGACAAGUGGCGUUCGAAGAGGAGGGCCCACGGGUUUUGCCGAUCGUCACCUUUCCGGACGCGACCAUAAAUCUAGCCUCCAUUCAGCUCACGAAGGAGCACCUCGCUGCGUUCACUGACCAGCGGAUCGUUGCCCAGCGACAACAAAUUCGGAUAAUCCCAGUCACGCAAGUUUCGUAUGAAUGGAAGAGUUAUUCUGGGAUUUUCGUCAUGCUCGGAUUCGAAAACCGGGUUCAUUGUCCGGAUUAUCCGCAAAGUUGCUGCUGUGGCUGCUCCAUCCUAUAAAAAGAUCAAGCAGGCGCUUGUCGACGACCAAAGAAAAAAAAAAGCUGAUAUCAUUUUUCAGUCCUCUACAAAUUUACGCGACAGACUUUUGCAUUGGAAGUAUUUUUUCUCCUAUGGCUCUAUUUAAUAGCUAGUCAUCGCAUCGGAAUGUUCUUGUGGAUGAGAAACCUCAAAAAUAUGCACGCAGAAGUUUCUUGUUGGGGAACUGACCUUUGGGGCCCAUUAUAGCUGCCAUUUGAAGCAAAUCCAUGAGGAUGUACAAAGGGUGACAUUUGGUGUUUUGGAACGCUUGUUUUUUUUUCAAGAGAAUUUUCUUCUCGACACUUCUUUGCCUCGCCCGCGAAGAACUUGGCGUUACUGAUGAGGAAGCUCGAAGCGGUUUUUUCUUUCGUCUUUUUUUUGUGAAAUUUUGGAAUCAUCUUUCCGACAGUUUUCUUGAGCAAGUUGAUGUGUUCGCGGGGGCGCUCAGCGUUGUUAUCCGUCGCUUUACUCAGGUGGAAUAUACUGCUCGUUCGUUAUUUGUA